GAAUCAUAUGCUAGAGCUACAGAAAUACUGAAGUCACAUCACAAAGAGCACUUGUUACUCUCAGAAGCUUUAAUGAAAUAUGAAACUCUUGAUAAAGAUGAAAUAAAAGCUGUGAUUGAAGGCAAAUCUUUAAAAAGAAAUGCACCUGAGAAGAAGAAGAAAUGAUAACAUA